CCGCCGCCGCCGAGGUUACACAAGCGCGCCGAGGGAGCAGGAAGGCGCCGAGGCAGCCCCACAAGUGCCCGGCGGAGCCGGAGCGUUUCUCGACCGAGGCGAGCCAAGGGCAUUUCCCAAGGCCCUGAUGGAUUUCUGGUAGCCGGCUGGUGACGAUCCGGGAAGGAGAGCAUGGUUAAACACCAACCGCUACAGUACUACGAGCCACAGUUGUGUUUGUCAUGUCUGACGGGGAUUUACGGUUGCCGUUGGAAACGAUACCAGCGGUCACAUGAUGACACCACGAAGUGGGAGCGCCUCUGGUUCUUAAUCCUCACCUUCUCUUUCUUCCUGACCCUGAUCUGGUUUUACUUCUGGUGGGAAGCACACAAUGACUACAAUGAGAUCAACUGGUUUUUAUAUAAUAGAAUGGGAUAUUGGAGCGAUUGGUCCGUUCCAAUCCUUGUUUCAACGGCAGCUGGUUUCACGUACAUCACUGCGUUAUUGAUUUUAGCACUAUGUCACAUAGCAGUAGGACAGCAAAUGAACCUACACUGGAUCCACAAGAUUGGGUUGAUAACCACCUUGAUAACGACCGUUGUCACCAUGUGCUCUAUAGCCCAGCUAUGGGAUGAUGAGUGGAGCAUGGUCGCCAUAUCCUUGCAGGCAACAGCACCUUUUCUGCACAUAGGAGCCCUUGCAGCUGUCACCGCCUUGUCUUGGUUGGUGUCUGGGCUGUUUGCAAGAGCCGAAAGAGCCACCUCCCAGUUGCUGACGUUUGGAGCCUACUUUGCGGUGGUCCUGGCCCUGUACCUCAUCCCCCUCACGGUCUAUUCCCCUUGCAUCAUGGAGAAGAAGGACCUCGGGCCCAAGCCUGCCAUUAUUGGACACCGGGGAGCGCCAAUGAUGGCACCUGAAAACACUCUGAUGUCCUUCCAGAAAGCGGUGGAGCAGAAACUCUACGGAGUGCAGGCAGAUGUGGUCAUAAGCUAUGACGGGGUGCCUUUCCUCAUGCAUGACAAGACGCUACGGAGGACGACGGACGUGGAGGCUGUCUUCCCAGAGAGGGCCUACACACAUUCUUCCAUGUUCAACUGGACAGACCUGGAGAUGCUGAACGCCGGUGAAUGGUUCCUCAAGAACGAUCCCUUCUGGACCGCCCAGUCGCUCUCCAGUUCCGACUUUGUCAGAGCCGCCAACCAGUCCGUCUGCAAGCUGGCCGAGAUGCUGGAGGUGGUCAAGGGCAAUGCCACCGUCCUCUUAAACUUCCAGAGCUUGCCCCGGGAUCACCCUUACUACAGCGCUUUCAUCAACAUCACCCUGGAAACGGUCCUCGACUCGGGCAUCCCUCAGCAGGCUGUGAUGUGGUUGCCCGACUCUGACCGCCAACUGGUCCAAGAGGUUGCCCCGGGUUUCCAGCAGACCUCUGGCGUCAAGGCUGAGGCUCAGCCUUUGAGGGACAGAGGCUUCCAAAAGCUGAACCUGCGCUACACCAAAGUCACCAGGGACGAUAUCAGGGAAUACGCCGUGGCGAACUUGAGCGUCAAUCUGUUUGUCGUGAACGAGCCUUGGCUUUACUCUGUCCUGUGGUGCUCCGGGGUCCAGUCCGUCACCUCCGACAACUCUCGCGUUCUCAGCAGACUGCGUUCCCCAGUCUGGAUGAUGUCUCCGGACGAAUACUAUCUAAUCUGGAUAACCGCCGACCUCGUUUCGUUCGUCGUAAUCGUAGGAGUUUUUAUAUUCCAGAACUAUCACAUAAUCAGGUGGCGAAUGGGCAGUAUCCGCAGCUACAACCCUGAACAGAUCAUGCUCAGCGCCGCCGUCCGAAGGUCCAGCCGGGAUGUCAACAUCAUGAAGGAGAAACUUAUCUUCUCAGAGAUCAACAGCGGCAUCGAGACGACGGACGAGCUUUCGCUGUGCUCGGAGAACGGCUACGCCAACGAAGUCGUCACCCCCCUGGACCACCAAGAAGUGAAGCUUCGUAUCAACUGAGGGGGCAGCGGAGGAGUGCUUGGGGGGCUCCGGAACCUUCCGCCGAUUCUUUGGUCCUUGCGUGGACUGCCUGGGACUCUUAAUGCAACGGACUUCGUUAGGGUGGCCUGGCGCCUCUCUGGAAACUGAAGCUGGACUGGGUUUCUUUGAUUUUUUUUGUCGUUGUUGUAAAUAUUCCCCCUUUUUGUGACCCCUUUUCUUGCCUAUCAUGGGAUUGGGGGCGGGUGGGGCAGGAUUCGGCAUGUUUGCGAGGAGCGAUCUGGCGAUGGGACCCACUAGAAGAUAGCCUUCAAAGGUGUUGCCGGACUACAAGUCCCAUCAUCCAGGACCAUGCAUGGCUACAGCUGAUGGGAGUUGUAGUCCAACGUCGUGCUGGGUCAUGUGACGGAAGGAACCCCACUGUCUCUCCUCUCCUCCGUGCAGCGAUUGUUAGCUGAACUUAUUUAAAGAUGUAUGUUGUGA